AUGGCAAAUAAAUGGCAUCCUUCCGAUAGAAGAAAAAUAUUACGAAGUUUAAAAGUAAAGAUUUUCCAUCAAACAGGAAAGCCACAAAGCGAGAUUAUAAAAUCACAGAAAGAACUCUUUACUCUUAAAGGAAUGGAAUCAAGAUAUAAGGCAUUAGUGUUUUGGAUCUACUCAGAUCCUCAAAAAUUGAAUCCACGUCUGGAUGCACGAAUAGAUCAAAUGAUUGAGACAGGUUUAUUUGAUGAGAUUAAAGAUCUGAGACGCCGAGUAGUAGAAGGACAGGUCAAGAUGCCCGGUAUAGAAUUAGAACAAUAUCAAAGGGGAUUAUGGCAAGCGAUAGGAUAUAAGGAAUUCGACCCAUACUUUGUAGCAUUAGAGGAAGGAAAUAAAAAUGAAAAUGAAUUAGAGAAAAUUAAAGAUGAAUGUACAGAGCAAAUGAAAGCAGCCACUAGACGAUAUGCUAAAUCACAAAUUAAAUGGAUUCGAAACAAAUUAUUACCAACUUCACUGUAUUCCAAAAAUAAAGAUGUUAUCAUAUAUUGUCUUGAUGCAGGAGAUUUAGCAUGUUGGGAUACAAAUGUAAAAGAGAAAGCUAUUCAAAUAGCAAAAGCAUUUCAAUUGGAUCAACCUUUACCUGACCCUAAAAGUCUAAGUGAUAUUGCUGCUACAAUGUUAACUCCUUCAGAAGACAUAAAAGAUACGCAGACAAAGAUUUUAACUUGGAAUAAGCAUGUUUGUGAGACUUGUAAGACAGAUAAAGGUGAACCAGUUAUACUAAAUGGAGAUAAAGAAUGGGAACAGCACAAAAAGGGAAGAUACCAUAAGAAAUACUUAAAACAUUUACGUGUUCAAGCACAAAGAAAAGCUUACUUUGAAUCACAACAGCAAAAAAAAGAUAAAAAUGAAUGA